AUGCAGCCCUGGCAGUGCCUCCGGCGCUUUGCCCUGGCCUGGUGGGAGAGGACAGCGGAGGGCAGAGCCCGAUCUCCCAGGGAGGAGGCCGGACCGAGGGACCCCGGGGGCCGAGGGGAGCCAGAUCCGGAGCGGAGCAGCCCCCCCAUGCUGUCUGCAGACGAUGCCGAGUACCCGCGGGAGUACCGGACCCUGGGGGGCGGGGGCGGCGGGGGCAGCGGGGGCCGGCGCUUCUCCAACGUGGGGCUGGUGCAUACGUCUGAGCGGCGGCACACGGUGAUCGCAGCCCAGAGCCUGGAGGCGCUCAGCGGGCUCCAGAAGGCCGAUGCCGACCGCAAGCGCGAUGCCUUCAUGGACCACCUGAAGAGCAAGUACCCGCAGCAUGCCCUAGCCCUGCGGGGUCAGCAAGACAGGAUGCGGGAGCAGGUUGGCGGCUGGACCGUGGACCCCGUGUGCCUCCUCAGCUCCCUCUGCUCCCACCUCCAUGGCGACUCCGCCCCCUCCGGGGCUGGCCAGCCGGCCCAGCAGCCAAACUACUGGAGUUUCAAGACCCGCAGCUCACGCCACACUCAGGGAGCCCAGCCUGGGCUGGCCGACCAAGCGGCCAAGCUGUCUUACGCCUCAGCCGAGUCACUGGAGACCAUGUCAGAGGCCGAGCUCCCCCUAGGCUUCAGUAGGAUGAACCGCUUCCGACAAAGCCUGCCCCUCUCCCGCUCAGCCAGCCAGACCAAGCUGCGCUCACCAGGGGUGCUGUUCCUGCAAUUCGGGGAGGAGACUCGGCGCGUGCACAUCACGCACGAGGUUAGCAGCCUGGACACGCUGCACGCACUCAUCGCGCACAUGUUCCCGCAGAAGCUCACCAUGGGCAUGCUGAAGUCGCCCAACACAGCCAUCCUUAUCAAAGAUGAGGCUCGCAACGUCUUCUACGAGCUGGAGGACGUCCGGGACAUCCAGGAUCGCAGUAUUAUCAAAAUCUAUAGGAAGGAGCCACUCUACGCCGCUUUCCCUGGCUCACACCUCACCAACGGGGACCUUCGGAGAGAGAUGGUGUAUGCGUCGCGGGAGUCGUCGCCCACUCGGCGCCUCAACAACCUGUCGCCGGCGCCACACCUGGCCUCAGGCUCGCCGCCGCCGGGGCUACCAUCGGGGCUGCCGUCGGGCUCGCCGUCGCGCUCGCGCCUCUCGUACGCCGGGGGGCGCCCGCCCUCCUAUGCCGGCAGCCCGGUGCACCACGCGGCGGAACGGCUGGGAGGUGCCCCCGCCGCCCCGGGCGUCAGCCCGAGCCCCAGCGCCAUCCUGGAGCGGCGCGAUGUGAAGCCGGACGAGGACCUGGCGGGCAAGGCGGGCGGCAUGGUGCUGGUGAAGGGCGAGGGCCUCUACGCCGACCCCUACGGGCUGCUCCACGAAGGCCGCCUGAGCCUGGCCGCGGCCGCCGGCGACCCGUUCGCCUACCCGGGCGCCGGUGGCCUGUACAAGCGCGGCUCGGUACGCUCGCUCAGCACCUACUCGGCCGCCGCGCUGCAGUCCGACCUGGAGGACUCGCUGUACAAGGCGGCGGGCGGCGGCCCGCUCUACGGCGACGGCUACGGCUUCCGCCUGCCGCCCUCGUCGCCGCAGAAGCUGGCCGACGUGACCGCGCCCCCCGGUGGGCCCCCGCCGCCGCACAGCCCCUACUCGGGGCCGCCCAGCCGCGGCUCGCCGGUGCGCCAGUCCUUCCGUAAAGACUCGGGCUCCUCGUCGGUCUUCGCCGAGAGCCCUGGAGGCAAGACCCGCAGCACCGGGGGCUCCUCGACGGCCGGAGCGCCCCCUCCCGAGCUCUUCCCCGGGCCUGGGGAGCGCCCGCUUGUUGGGUUCGGGCCGCCUGCGCCAGCCAAGGACACAGAAACCAGGGAGCGCAUGGAGGCCAUGGAGAAGCAAAUUGCCAGCCUCACAGGCCUGGUGCAGAGCGCCCUACUGCGAGGUUCGGAGCCUGAGACCCCCAGUGAGAAGAUUGAAGGCUCCAAUGGAGCAGCCACCCCCUCAGCACCCUGCGGGUCAGGCAGCCGGAGCAGCGGGGCCACCCCAGUGUCCGGCCCUCCCCCGCCUCCGGCCAGCAGCACCCCUGCGGGGCAGCCCACUGCCAUCAACCGUUUGCAGAUGCAGCUGCACCUGCGUGGCCUGCAAAACAGCACGAAUGACCUGCGCAGCCAGCUUCAGCAAUUGCGAAAGCUCCAGCUACAGAACCUGGAGUCUCUGCGCGCGCUGUUGAAGGGCACGGAGGCGGAGCUGAGCAUGCGCGUGUCGGAGGCGGCGCGGCGGCAGGAGGACCCGCUGCAGCGGCAGCGCACCCUGGUGGAGGAGGAGCGGCUGCGCUACCUCAACGACGAGGAGCUCAUUACCCAGCAGCUCAAUGACCUGGAGAAGUCGGUGGAGAAGAUCCAGAGGGAUGUGUCCCACAACCACCGACUGGUGCCCGGGCCCGAGCUGGAAGAGAAGGCGCUGGUGCUGAAGCAGCUCGGGGAGACGCUGACCGAACUCAAGGCUCACUUCCCAGGCCUGCAGAGCAAGAUGCGGGUAGUGCUGCGUGUGGAGGUGGAGGCGGUGAAGUUCCUGAAGGAGGAGCCCCAGCGCCUGGAUGGGCUACUCAAGCGGUGCCGGGGGGUCACGGACACCCUGGCCCAGAUCCGAAGGCAAGUGGACGAGGGUGUGUGGCCACCCCCCAGCAACCUCCUGAGUCAGUCCCCCAAGAAGAUGACGGCUGAGACGGACUUCAACAAGAGCUUAGACUUCGAAAUGCCACCCCCUAGCCCUCCGCUGAACCUCCACGAGCUGAGUGGGCCAACUGAGGGGGCCCCUCCAGCCCCCAAGGCGGGCAACCCCACCAAAGGCCUGGACGCUCCUGGCAAGAGAAGCGUGGACAAGGCUGUGUCUGUUGAGGCUGCUGAGCGGGACUGGGAGGAGAAGCGGGCAGCCCUGACCCAGUACAGCGCCAAGGACAUCAACCGGCUGCUGGAGGAGACCCAGGCGGAGCUGCUGAAGGCCAUCCCUGACUUAGACUGUGCGAGCAAGGCCCACCCAGGCCAAGCCCCCACCCCGGACCACAAACCCCCCAAGACCCCCCAUGGCCAGAAGGCAGCCCCCCGGACGGAGCCCAGUGGGAGGAGAGGUUCAGAUGAGCUGACAGUGCCCCGAUACCGCACCGAGAAGCCCUCCAAGUCCCCACCACCACCCCCUCCCCGCCGGAGCUUCCCCUCCUCCCAUGGCCUGACCACCACACGCACUGGAGAGGUCGUGGUCACCAGCAAGAAGGACUCGGCCUUCAUCAAGAAGGCUGAGUCCGAGGAGCUGGAGGUGCAGAAGCCCCAGGUGAAGCUGCGCCGGACUGUGUCCGAGGUGGCCCGCCCGGCCUCCACGCCCCCAAUCAUGGCCUCUGCCAUCAAGGAUGAGGACGAUGAGGACCGCAUCAUCGCAGAGCUGGAGGCUGCUGCAGACCCGAGGCCCUUCUCUGUCCCCCGGAUCAUCUUGACGGAAUGUGCCCCCAACCCUCCUUCCCCACCAGAGACCAGGCUUGAGGAACCCGGGCUUAGAACAACCCCCACCCCACGACCCCGGACCCUGGCCAGCGGCCUCCUGGGCCGGGAUAAUCCACCGGCCCCGCCAGGGAUGGUGGCUGUGGUUUCCCAGGCCUGCAACAGCCCGAUGCUAGAGAAGGAAGGGGCGGCCCUGAAGACACUGGAGACAGGGGACUGCAGCCCAGAAAGGGGAGGAGCCGGGAUCCCCAGUCCUUUGGGACCUGCCCCAGAGCGGACCCAAGAACCCUCCACUGCGGAGAUGCCCCCAGAGGAGACCCGCAAGGACUCUGGUCGCCACACCCCACCCUGCAGUGGGGAGUGCAAGGCUCAGCGUGCUGCCAUCACCCAGCGGACAGACAGCCUGCAGGAGACACUCCGGGAGCUGGAAGCCACUCUGAGCCAGAUGGGCCUGGCCUCUGCCACGGGGCCCCCUGGCAGCCCCCCACCUCUGCCCCCUGGUCCCCAGGUGGCUGCCUGCCGCUCCAGUCUCUCUGUCUUCAGAGCUGGAGGGAGCUGGGGGCUGCAGGAGCACCACGCCAGCCCCCCUCCUCCUUCUAGCCUCUCUCAGCCCUGCCGCCCUCCGGGAGCCUGGUGCCAGGCUGAGUUUGCAAGCAGAGCCCCUGGCAGGCUGGGAAGCUGGCUUGCCCAGGGAUCAGCCUAA